AUGCGUAAAUCAGCUAUAUCUCUGUUGAAACAAACAAGAGUAUUGGGCGAGAGUUCAAAGAAAAAUUUCGAGGUAUACAAUUCAACACCGUUUUCUCGAGAUCCAAACGUAUUAUACGCUAACGCAUGUACGUUCCAUACGUCUAGAAUAACCCGAUGGAACGGAAAUGAAACUGUUAGCUUACCUGAUACGCAGCCAAAACAUUCCAUACGCGACAUCUUCCUCGGACUCACCAG